UCUAUUUGGGUCCUUUUUGUCGCACGAGGACAUCCUGGCUCCCAUCCUGGCACCUACCUCUGGGGCUAGUUUGCUUCAGUUUGUUUUAAGUCUGACUUUUUAAAAUCGCCUUCGCGAUGGACCCGGAUAAAACCCCAAGCCUGGGUGCUGAAGCGGCCGUCGACGGUAACGAUAAGGAGGAGCCGUUCAGGGAGGCGAAGAGGCCCGCAAAAAGUCAGAAACGAAAACGAGAACAGGGAGCUGACACGAUGGACACGGAGGACAGCGUGUCCAACAAACGGCCGCAAUUUCCACCGAUUUCAGGAGACAAAUUACGGGGGCCAGAUGAGAUGUGUAAAGUUCCUGUUCCAGCUCACAGAUACACCCCUCUUAAAGAAAACUGGCUGAAGAUCUUUAGUACGAUUGUGGAGAAUUUACAGCUUCAAGUCAGAUUUAAUCUGAAAACCAGGAAUGUUGAAAUCAAAACAUGUAAAGAAACUCAGGACAUCAGCGCGCUCACGAAGGCAGCAGAUUUUGUUAAAGCGUUUGUUCUUGGAUUUCAGGUUGAGGACGCGAUGGCUCUCAUCAGAUUAGACGAGCUUUUCCUUGAAAGUUUUGACAUCACAGACGUAAAGCCUCUGAAGGGUGACCACCUGUCCAGAGCCAUUGGAAGAAUAGCAGGGAAGGGAGGAAAAACCAAAUUCACCAUUGAAAAUGUGACGAAGACUAGGAUUGUGCUCGCAGACACGAAAGUUCACAUCUUAGGUUCCUUCCAGAAUAUCAAGACUGCGCGGACAGCAAUAUGUAACUUAAUUUUAGGAAGUCCACCUUCAAAGGUUUAUGGAAACAUCAGAGUGGUGGCCAGCAGGACAGCAGAGAGAUUCUAGACUGAUUGGCUGGAUUUUCUCGUUGUGGUCUGGGAUUAAUUAUGACUGUUUUGGACUAACACCUCAUCCUCUGCAAUGGCCUUUUUUUUAAAUCUCCAAGGUCAUGUUUCUGAUCAGAUAUGGAAAAUAUAAAAUGCUUACCUAAUGAAUUGUGGGUAUUAAAGCUCUGUAAAUAAAUACAGAAAAUAACUAAAGAAGUUUAAAGUGCCAGAUACUCAAACCAAUAUUUAGUAAAAGUUGAUACUGCUAAAGGUUUUGGUCGGGCUGAGCUGUAAUGGUACUGCUGCUGUUUAAAACUCAAAUCCUCUGCAAGGUGGGCUUUGAAGCCACAGCUGGGUGGGAGACAAACAGAAGGCCUUUGGUAUUUAUCAUUUCCUGGAUAAAUGAGAAUCUGCACCAA